CAAGCGUCGGACUAUUUUAGCUCCGCGUAGAGCUUGUCAAUGCCAGAAAAAAAUAUUUCCCCGCAGCAAACCGAACAACACAACACCAAUUCUGCACGACAACGCCUUGCGAGAUGUUCUCCGUGCCAGGUUGGUCUAUUACUGCACCGUUAAAGACUCAAACGGAACCGGUGAAGAUCCCCGCGCUACCUACUAUUCGAGCUACAAAGUCAAAUGAAGAGGCAUCAAAGAAGCGCAAGCGGAAUCAAGGUGACGCUGAGGACUUGAAGAGCAAGAAAUUGAAGCCCGAGAAGAGGACAGAUAAGGAUGGUAAAAGCGAUAUUUCGUCUGAGAGAAUCAAUGAAACUACGGGGCCGACUGGAGUGAAGGCAGAGAAGAAGAAGAAGAAGAAAGAGAAGGGAAAGGAGAAGGCUGCACUCAAAGGAAAGAUCCUGACCCAGGAUCCGGACAGAGACAUCCCUGAGAAGGCAGAUAUAUCCAAAGCCAAAGAGAAGAAUAAUAGACAGUCAGAAAAGGAGGAUGUGAAAGUUGGUGCCGAAGAAAGGCUUGAUCAAGCGCACUCGAGUGAGAAAAGAGAUAAAAAGGCUCGAAGGAAGGAGAAGAAGGCAAAAGAGGCUGCGAUGGGGAAGGAACAUUCAGCUGGAGCCGACAACCGUCAAGAAGUUACUCAAAGCUCCAAAUCUCUGUCUGCGAAUACGACCAAUGAUCCCAAACUUACGGCGACUUCAACAGCUACUCCGGCCUUGACACCGCUGCAAGCAUCUAUGCAAUCGAAACUAGCCUCUGCGCGCUUCAGAUACUUGAACGAAAAGCUCUACACAACAGCAUCAACCGAGGCACUGGAGAUGUUUAAGAAUGAGCCCAAGACGUUCGAGGAGUACCAUUCAGGCUUCCGACGACAGGUUGAAGUGUGGCCCGAAAACCCAGUAGAUGGGUAUAUUUCGGACAUCAAACGGCGAGGGGCAGUAAAGUCUGGCCAGAAGGGGUCGAACAAAGACGGGAGACCGCUCCCAAGAAGCCAGGGCGUAUGCACAAUUGCGGAUCUGGGAUGCGGCGACGCAAAGCUAGCGACCGAAUUGCAGAAGUCGCAGGACAAGCUCAAUAUAAAGAUUCUAAGCUACGACCUGCACAGCCAAUCUCCGCUCGUCACCCGUGCAGACAUAGCCCAUCUCCCUCUCCCGAAUGGUAGCGUCAACGUUUCCAUUUUUUGCCUUGCCCUCAUGGGCACAAACUGGCCGGAUUUUAUUGACGAGGCAUACCGCGUCCUGCAUUGGAAGGGAGAGCUUUGGGUAGCGGAAAUAAAAAGUCGAUUUGGUCAUGUGGGGAAGAAAUCGGGCGCUGGCAAAGUAGUCGACCACUCUGUCGGCAACAAGAAGAAGAAGCCGCGUUCGCGGAUGAGCGAAGCAGAAAAGCGUCGCGAAGACGAAGUUCGCAAGCAUGAGGACGAGACCCUCGCGGCAGAGGUUGACGGCGUCAAAGUCGAAGCAGACGAUGACGACGAGACGGACGUACGAGCAUUUGUCCAUGUUCUCGCAAGUCGAGGAUUUGUGCUGGACGAGGAGUUCCAAGUGGAUAAGAGCAACAAGAUGUUUGUGAAGAUGCGAUUUUUAAAGGCGGCACAGCCAACAAAAGGAAAGAAUGUGUCCAAAGGAGCAGAAGGAUCAACGUGGAAACCAAAAGGGAAGAAGUUUCUGGAGACAGGCGGGGAAGUCGACGAAGCGAAGGUUCUCAAGCCAUGCGUGUAUAAAUUGAGAUAGCGAGCUAUCGUUCUCGUUGGGCAGUAUAGGAUGAAAUUGAAGAAUGUUA